UUCCCGCCCUCCUUUAGCAGCACGGUCCUGUUUUUUUUAGUGCUGGUGGAGGACCGAAGGAAGAGAGACCGUUAAAAAGGGUGAAGACGGUCAGAAUAAUAGGGAGAAAAACAGGCAGGCAGUGAAGCUAUAUGUAAUAUUUUUGUAUGAUAUAAACCCUUUUUGGUUUAGUAUUAAUAAUACGGGUAUUUAUUAAGCUAACGCGGUGUAGCUAAGCUAAAUGUUAGCAGCUAGCCAAGGAAAGCUAAGCUAGCGGCUAACCAAAAAAAAAAAACGCUCUCUUUCUUUUCUUCUUAUUCUUCUUUUUUAACGAAUUGCCCACUUUUCUUUUUUCUUUGCUCGGGGCCUUAUUACUGUUAUUUUUAUUAUUAUUAUUUUGACGUUUAUUGGUGACUGAGAUCCCUGAGGUGCUUGAACACAGCGAGAAAACAGAAGUAAAAUGGCGGAACCGGACAAAUUAAACAUCGACUCCAUAAUACAGCGUCUCCUGGAAGUUAAGGGCUCUCGGCCUGGCAAAAAUGUUCAGCUGACGGAGAACGAGAUCCGUGGACUCUGCCUCAAAUCCCGGGAAAUCUUCCUCAGUCAGCCCAUCCUGCUGGAGCUCGAGGCGCCGCUGAAGAUCUGCGGCGAUGUUCACGGUCAGUACUAUGACUUGCUGCGGCUCUUCGAGUACGGCGGCUUCCCUCCUGAGAGUAACUACCUGUUCCUGGGUGACUACGUGGACCGAGGGAAGCAGUCUCUGGAGACCAUCUGCCUCCUGCUGGCCUACAAGGUCAAAUACCCCGAGAACUUCUUCCUGCUGAGGGGCAACCACGAGUGUGCCUCCAUCAACCGCAUCUACGGCUUCUACGAUGAGUGUAAGAGACGGUAUAACAUCAAACUGUGGAAGACGUUCACAGACUGCUUCAACUGCUUACCUGUGGCUGCCAUCGUAGAUGAGAAAAUCUUCUGUUGCCAUGGAGGCCUCUCUCCAGACCUGCAGUCUAUGGAGCAGGUCCGGCGUGUGAUGCGUCCCACAGACGUCCCGGAUCAGGGCUUGCUGUGUGACCUGCUGUGGGCCGACCCAGAUAAAGAUGUGCUGGGAUGGGGAGAGAACGACCGCGGAGUCUCCUUCACCUUCGGUGCAGACGUGGUAGCCAAAUUCCUGCACAAACACGACAUGGACCUCAUAUGCAGGGCGCAUCAGGUUGUGGAGGACGGAUACGAGUUCUUCGCUAAGAGGCAGUUGGUGACUCUGUUCUCUGCUCCAAACUACUGCGGAGAGUUCGACAACGCAGGAGCCAUGAUGAGUGUGGACGAGACGCUCAUGUGUUCCUUCCAGAUCCUGAAACCGGCAGAUAAGAAGCUGUUCUCAUACGGUGGAGGAGGAGGAGGCGUUGGCUCAGGGCGUCCAGUUACUCCGCCUCGCAACUCAGCCAAGGGGGGGAAAGCCAAGAAAUAGCACUCGCUAUGCUGGACUCCCUCCCUCUCUCCCCUCCCCUUUCUCUCUGUCUCUCUCUCUCUCUCUCUUGCUCUCUCUCUCUCUUUCCUCUCUCCAUCCAUACCUCCAACCUAAAAAAAAAUACCACAUCUCUUUACCUACCUCCCUGAUGCUUCCCUCUCUCUCACCAAACACAUACAGAGUACCCAGGGUUCUCCUUCUCCUCUCUCUCUCUCUCUCUCUCUCUCUCUCUCUCUCUCUCUAUUUUUCUGUUAUUUUUUUUUUCCAUUUCUCAUUGAUGCAGUGUGAGUGUUUGUGAGUAAGCGUGAGGUUGUAUUCCACUUUUUGUCUUUCCUUCUCUCUGGAGAGACUUUUCCAGGCCCCGGGCCUUGUACUGUUUUAUUUUUUUUUCCACCGCUGGUCACAUCGCUGCUGUCGCUGCACUUCCUGUUUCAGAGCCAGUCUGAUUAUAAACUGUAACACUAACACACACAAACACACACACACACACACAUACACACACAUACAUACACAUGCUUGGAGCCCCCUACUCUGGGAGAAUAGCUGAUGAUGAUUAAUAUUAUGACGCACAGGGAGCCGGCGAUGCGGAUGUGCAGCGUGAGAGGGAGAGAACUUACCACUGGUGCAAAAUUUCCAUUUAGAUUUCAGACGCAUUCAAGAAACAAUCACGUUAUCUGUGUUUUUGAAUUUAUUUUUUCUUUAUUUGCAUUUUUUAAUUGCUUUUUCUUUCUAUUUUCCCUUUCCUUAUUUCUGUAAUUUGGUUAUUUGUAGAAUCAUGAAGAAAAGCUUUGAAUGCUUAU